AUGGAGGAGCGCAGCCCCUACAAGAGGAGCUGCCCGCAGGCCGGCGGCGGCAGCAGUGGCGGCGGGGCGGCCGUCGGGGGCGGCCGGGCCCACCUGCGCGGGGCCGCCGCCGGCGCCGGCGCCGCCGAGGCCGAGCCGGACCUGGAGGCCAAGAUCCGGCAGGCGGUGGAGUUCAAGGCCGAGGGCGGGCGCUGCUACAAGCAGAAGAAGUUCCGCGAGGCCAUCGGGAAGUACCACCGGGCGCUGCUGCAGCUCAAGGGGCUCGAGGCCGAGGCAGAGGAGGGCAGCAGCCCGCUGCGGAGGGCCGGCUGGCAGCAGCGCCUCUCCGAGGAGCAGCGGGCGCUGGUCGAGGGCACCGAGAUCGAGUGCUACAACAGCCUGACGGCCUGCCUGUUGCAGUCAGAGCUUGUGAACUAUGAGAGGGUGCGGGACUAUUGCCUGAAGGUGCUUGCCAAGGAGAAAAGGAACUUCAAAGCCAUGUACCGGGCGGGCAUCGCCUUCUACCACUUGGGCGACUAUGACAACGCCCUGCUCUAUUUGAAAGAGGCCAAGAGCCUGGAGCCCGCAGACACCAAUGUCUUACGCUACAUCCAGCUGACAGAAAUUAAGAUCAGUCGCUGCAGCCAGCGGGACAAGGAGAUGAUUGCGUAGCUGCCCCCUCCCCAUCGGCGACAGACAGAGGCUUCUGCACGUGGUGCCAGCUGUGCCCAGAACCCACCACCCGCUGCACUCCAGGGCCCAGGAAGAUGCCACCAGGUGCCGAGCGAGCCCCUGGCAGGUGCCGCGGCAGCCAGAGAGCCCCACAGCUCAGAGCUAUGCUGCCCUCGAAGGACAGAUCGGGACCUGACAAUGUAGCAUUUUGCCAAAACACUGUUGGGGGCUGCUUCUUUGUGCUUUGCCUUUUUCUAUAAAAAAGAAACCUAAAUCUAAACCAAAACAAAAAACCGAGAGAAUUUGCAAGAUGUGCCUCUGUCGGAUUGGAUGAGGGGCACUGGGAGCAGAGAGGGGCACCCCAGAAGGAGCAGAUCAGGGUGCCAUUGGGGAGAGUUGAUGUCAGCCUUUAGAACAGAUGCCCCCCCCCGAAAAAAAACUAAGCAGAAGAUGGUGGGGGCUGAGAACAAGUGCCCUGUUAUCAAUCUGGGGUCAGGGUGUCCUUUCCCUGCCUGGGACAUAUUCCCUCCCCCUCUUCUUUCAUCUCUCCUCCCUCCCUGAGCACCCUCAUGGCACCCUGUUCGCCUCCAAAAAGGUUGGCUUCCCCUCUGAGCUCCCACCCACCCCACAGGUGUGAAGAGGCAGCC